GCAUCCGGACCUAUCAUCGCACGGCGAUCCAUUUGCCUACAGCGAAGAUUCCUUCACAACACCCUCUGCAUCUCCCGUAGCCGAUGCGGCAACCCAUCUCUUAAAUCGGAUCGUGCGGCGUCGAAACCUUCAUUAAAACCCCCUUCUCCCCUGCCCUAAUCAUCCCUUCCCCCCUCCAUUCUCCCGUUUCAGAACCCCAAAGCCGCUUCCUUUCAUCCAUGAGAUCGUCUCUGCUGCCCGAAAAGGGUCGUCUUUGGCUCGCGCUUUCUUCUUCUCGGUCUUACACGGUGGCAGAUGUGAAUCUCGGCCUUGCUCGUGAGAUCGCCACCAUGGGCACCUCCUUGUCCGCAGAAAGCAUUCGUCUUGCGCGGAAGGUCUCGCUCCUGAUCCACCUUCUUGAGGAAAUGAGGAACCUUGCUAACCGCCAUGCUGGCAAGGUGGAGUCAACUUCGUCUGCGGGGUCCUCGCUGUUGUCCUUUAUGGAGGAUCUGAAACUUGCGCUUGAAGCGGUGAAGAAGUUUUUAUUGCUCUCUGCGUGGAAGAAUGCCGGAAAGAGUUCCAAUCUGGAUUUGGUGACUAAGAAGUUGGCAAUCGAGUACGAGUAUGUGACAUGGCAAUUGGAGAAAGUCCUAGGAAACAUUUCUUAUGAGCAUUUUGAGAUAUCUGACGAAGUCCAGGAGGAGGCUGAAUUGGUUCUUGCACAACUGAGGAGGGAGAUUGAAAAGAUUGGAGCAGAAAAUUUGAUUAUUUUCCAAGAAAUUUAUAUCAUGUUGUCCUCCGAAAAUGUAAAGGAAUUUAAACAGCCGCGUUCAUUUAAACUGCCAGCAGCAGAAAAGGACGCGACUUGCAUUGUUGAUAGCGAGCUGAGAGACAUGGUUAUAGCUCUUGCAGAAGUCAAUGGAAAAUAUAAUUAUGACACUGUAAAAAUGACGCUCAAAUUGAUGGAUAGGCGUAAAAGGACCAGUCACGCUGAUCUGUUUAAAGAUGUCAAAACUGGAAUCAGGUCAAAUAAUUCAGAAAGCAGCGCGGGGGAUGAUAAGCAACGUGAUUCUCUCGAGAUUCCAGAGGAUUUCCUGUGUCCAAUAUCUCUUGAGCUCAUGAGAAAUCCUGUUAUUGUCUCAACAGGACAGACAUAUGAGCGUUCUUCUAUUCAGAGAUGGAUAGAUUGCGGGCACAGUACAUGUCCCAAGACUCGACAGAAGCUUCAGAACCAUACGCUGACUCCCAACUAUGUUCUGAGAAGUCUCAUCAUGCAAUGGUGUGAGGCUAACAAGAUCCAGCAGCCACAUAAACUGGCAAACGGGCAUAUGAGAAAUGCUGCAACUCUUUGCACGAUUUCCAAAGAGAUAUCCUUGAUUAACGCGCUGGUUUCUAAACUCUCCAGCAGGUCAAGAGACGAGCAGAGAUCGGCUGCAUCCGAGUUACGAUCACUGUCGAAGCGAAGCACGAAUAACAGAAAACUGAUUGCCGAAGCAGGAGCCAUUCCUGCACUCGUUAGCCUCUUGUUGGUCGAUGACAAGAAGAUACAAGAGCAUGCCGUCACAUCUCUUCUCAACCUUUCCAUCUAUGAUCACAACAAGGAAGAAAUAAUGCUUGCCGGAGCAAUUCUUCCGGUCGUUCAUGUGCUCAGAGAGGGAAGCAUGGAGGCGAGGGAGAAUGCUUCAGCUGCUAUUUUCAGUCUGUCUCUUUCGGACGAGAACAAAAUAAUCAUUGGUGGGACACCUGGAGCUAUAGAAGCGCUUGUGGAAUUGCUUGACGGGGGAAGCGCUAGGGGGAAGAAGGAUGCUGCAACGGCUCUGUUCAACUUGUGUAUUUACCAAGGAAACAAAUCGCGAGCUGUGAGAGCUGGUAUUGUAAGACCUUUACUGAAGAUGCUGAGGGAUUCUGCAAGCAGUGGCAUGGUGGAUGAAGUGCUGACUGUUUUGGCUGUUCUUGUGAGCCACAGAGAAGGAAAGGUAGCAAUGUCGAAAUCAAAUACAAUACCAGUUCUUAUUGAUAUCUUAAGAAAUGGGCAGCCACGCAAUAAGGAGAAUGCAACGGCUAUAUUGCUUGCGUUAUGUAAGAAGGACUCUGAAAACCUUGCUCGUGUUGGGAGGAUGGGCUCCAUUAUUCCCUUGACAGAAAUUUCAAGGAGUGGUACGGAGAGGGCAAAGCGCAAGGCUGCUUCUCUUCUUGAGCACCUGCAGAAGCUUCAGAUUCUCUAACUGGAUUUAUUAUAUUGUUAUGGUAGUUGAUUUUUUUUGUUCUUUCUGUGAAUAUGAUGACAAAACAUGACAUGAAAAUUGGGAUUGCCAAUUUAUGUUAGCUUUGUGCUAAAGCGGUAGAUUCUAACCUCAUGUCUGCUUCAUUCUUUCUAUUCGUUUAAUUC